CAAAAUAUCGGCGCCGAUUUAUUGCCGGCAUUCGCUCAUUGUCCCCUUCUACCAGUGAUUCGACUUCAAAGUUCAAAGCUGAGCUCAAUCACGUUGACGAAGGAACAAAAAAGGUACACGGAAUAAAGAAAAGAUGUUUACUUGCAUAGCGUGUACGAAGCAAACAGAGGACGAGAGGGACGAAGAUGAACGAGCCCGUGAGAGUGGCACGCCGAGUACAAAAGAAGCCGUCAAAAGCCUGACCACGCAGAUAAAGGAUAUGGCACUGAAGUUUUCAGGUGCUUACAAGCAAUGCAAACCCUGCACAGGGUCCAGUAGCUACAAGAAAGGACAUAGACCAUAUCCAGAUUUUGAUACCAUCUCAGAAGGGGUUCCCUACCCUUAUAUUGGAGGUGCAAGCUCAAGUUCAACCCCUGCAUGGGACUUCACAACCUCUAACUACCCUGGUGGUAGAUCUGACCCAAGAUUCACUGGUGACCGCACCCCUAGAGGACGUGACUCAGCAUCAGUCUGUGAUGUAGUGUUAGAGGAUGAGGAUGAGCCUAAGGAGUGGAUGGCACAGGUAGAGCCAGGGGUUCACAUUACCUUCGUGUCUCUUCCUAAUGGGGGAAAUGAUCUCAAAAGAAUUCGCUUCAGCCGAGAGAUGUUCAAUAAAUGGCAAGCUCAACGAUGGUGGGGUGAGAAUUACGACAGAAUCAUGGAACUUUAUAACGUCCAGAGAUUUAAUCGACAAGCUCUUAACACUCCUUCAAGAUCUGAGGAUGAGCAAAGAGAUUCUUCUUACUCAAGAUUGACAUCUGCACAAGAAAGCCCCAUGGCCUCAAACAAGGAUUGGACACCGAGGAGUCACUAUAAACCUUCUGUGAACAGAGGAUACAACCCAUCUGAAACGUUGGAUCAUGGUGGUGGCCACAACUUCCAUGCAGGGCCGUCCAUGGAACCAUCAAGGGCAACCACCUCUUCUAGAGAUGAGCCUUCUAUUAGCAAUGCAAGUGAAAUGGAAACAGAAUGGGUAGAGCAAGAUGAGCCUGGAGUUUACAUUACAAUCAGGCAGUUAGCUGAUGGGACCAGGGAGCUUCGACGUGUCAGAUUCAGCCGGGAAAGAUUUGGGGAGGUAAAUGCAAAAACUUGGUGGGAAGAGAACAGAGAGAGAAUACAAGCUCAAUACCUUUGAGGUCUAUUCUUAUCAAAAAGUGGAUGUCCUUAGGUAGUGGAAUCCCCAAUUUUGUUUACUAGAGAUUGUACGGUAUGACUCCAGAUUAUGGAGUGGAGUCCUAUCCAGAAAACUGCACUUCCCACCAUCGGUUAUGGUC